AUGGGUUCAGACAAGAAGAAGGAUGUCGCCGGCGAUGAGGCGGCGAGGCUGAAGAAGGAAAAGAAGGAGAAGAAGCGCAGUGAAAAGGAUGGCGUCUCCAAAUCCUCAAAGAAGGACAAGAAGGACAAGAAGAGCAAGGAGCGUCUUGCCAGCGCACUGGACGAGCACCUGCAAGCGUCGGCCGCCGGCUCGGCGGUCAAGGCUCCCGCCGUCGUCGACGAUGCCGAAUCUGACGAGGAGAUGGACGAGGCCAAGGCAAUUGUCGCCAAGGGCGAGCUGCCCAAGGGUGCGCUCGUGUCGUUUGCGCUGCCUCUGGCCGAUGACAAGGUCCAGAAGAAGGUUCUGAAGGCGAUAAAGAAGGCUACCAAGAAGCAUGCUCUCCUCCGAGGUGUGAAAGAGGUCAACAAGGCCCUCCGGAAAGCACCCACCAAAACCGCCACCACCACCGAAGUCCCUGGCGUCGUCAUAAUCGCUGGAGACAUUUCACCCGCCGAGGUCAUCAUGCACCUGCCCGUCUACUGCGAGGAGCGCAACGUUCCUUACCUGUUUGUUCCCUCGCGUGCCGAGCUUGGUGCUGCAGCCAAGACGAAGCGUCCCACGUCGGUGGUGAUGCUCUUGGCUCAGGGCAGGAAGCGGGAGGCGGACAAGAAGAAGAAGGACGCAAUCGAGGAGGAUGGUGAGGAGGAUGACUACCCCAAGGCGUACAAGGAGCUGGUCAGCACGGCACAGAAAGAGUUUGCUAAGCAGCUCAGGGGACUCCUAUGA